AUGACCAACGCAGCGGAAGGAAGCUCAGAUAUGAGUGUACUCUGGCAGUCAAUUGCUAUGAUUGUCGUCUCAGAACUUGGUGAUAAGACGUUCUUAAUUGCUGCGAUAUUAGCAAUGAGGAAUCCACAGUUGGUUGUCUUCUCCGGCUCUUUUGGUGCCCUCUCUGCUAUGUCAGUAUUGUCCGCACUCCUGGGUCAGAUUCUACCAGCACUCCUCCCGAAAAGCUACACACAGAUCUUGGCUGCAAUGCUCUUCAUUGUAUUCGGUGUAAAAAUGUUCAAUGACGCUAAAGGAAUGGAGGGUGGCAGGAAGGAAGUAGAGGAGGAAAUGCAGGAAGCAAUACAAGAAAUAGAGCAUGACGGUGAUGAUCUCCCAAAGCCCAGCUCACAGAGACAGAAGAGAUCAAUCAAGACCACGCUCGCUGCCCUCCUCAGUCCGGCGUUUGUCCAGGCAUUUAUACUCACUUUCCUCGGUGAAUGGGGUGACCGGAGUCAAAUUUCUACAAUCGCAUUAGCGGCUGCCCAUGGCUGGAAAACCGUCGCAUUCGGCACAUCUCUUGGCCACGGUAUGUGUACAGCGCUCGCCGUUCUCGGUGGACGCAUAGUCGCUUCGAAAAUAUCGAUUAAAACAGUCACAUUCGGUGGCUCCGCUUUAUUCGUUCUCUUCGGAUUUAUUUACAUUUGGGAAAUUCUCGUCAGCGUUACUUCACCUGCAAUUCAAGCCUAG